UAGCCCUAAGGAGUUGCAACGUGUAGCUUUUUAUUUUUUAAAACUCGGACCGGAAGUUCUGCGUUUACUGUGGCUAGCUUGACAGUGUUGUGAUAACGAGGUGCAGCUGCGGUAGUUGAGGAGCAGUUGACGUUAAGACGCGGAGAGGCAGGAGGCAUGAUAGCAUAAAUGGCCCCGGUGCCUACAGAGUGAAGAAUGGGCUCCACGGCGUCGCAGCUAUGGCCAGAUCCACCAACAGAAACGCCAAGGACGGGGACUCACGGGUAACCGCCCCCACGGACCGCACAGAGACGCGGGACUUGGCCGAGCCCCGGGAACUGUCUCUGGAGGAGGUGCUGAAGUCCUACGAGCAGCCCAUCAACGAGGAGCAGGCAUGGGCGGUGUGCUACCAGUGCUGCAGCGGGCUGAGGGUGCCCCGCCCGCCGACCGGGAGAGUGAGCCGGGUGAAGGACCCAUCAUCCAUCCUACUGCACAGAGACGGAACCGUGUCGUUACAGCAGGAACCCCAACACAACGAUGAAACUGACGGACCUCCACUUCCCCCAACUGCAGAGCGUCAGGUGGUCCAGUCUCUGGGUGUGGCCAUCUACCGAGCGCUGGACUGGGGGCUGGAUGACAGUGAGGAGCGGGAGCUCAGCCCGCAGCUGGAGCGCCUCAUCGAGCGCAUGGCUGGGGGGGAACAGAGCGGAGAGGGCGACAGCUGUGCCGGUAACGGCACAACAGAUGAAGGGUACAGCGGGCAGGAAGAGGAGGAGGAGGAAGAAGAGGAGGAGCAGGGGGGGGUGAUAAGGCCGGUGUGUAUGUUCCGCCAGGUGAUGGCGCUGUGUGCGUCUCGACUCGCCAACCCAAACCUGGCUCCAGACCAUUACCAGGCUGUCUGCAGGGCUCUGUUUGUAGAGACUCUGGAGCUGCAGACCUUCCUCAUCAAGAUCAGAGAUGCUAAGGAGAUGCUGAAGAAGAUCACAACAGAGGAAGCUCUGGAGGACAACUCUACAGCUGAACUGGACGCACUGAAGCACAGGGACUGGGCACGUCUGUGGGUGCAGCUGAUGAAGGAGCUCAGGCAGGGAGUGAAGCUGAAGAAGGUGCAGGAGCAGCCGUUCAACCCGCUGCCCACCGAGUUCAGCCUCACACCCUUUGAGAUGCUGAUGCAGGACAUACGAGCGCGCAAGUUCCAGCUACGUAAAGUCAUGGUGGAUGGUGACAUCCCCACCAGAGUGAAGAGAAACGCUCAUGAACUGAUUCUGGAUUUCAUCAGAUCAAGACCUCCACUUAAACCAGUUACAGAGCGCAGCCUCCCCCCUCCUCCCCCCCAGCAGCAGUCCCUCCAUGACCGGGUCCUGGCUGAGAUCAAGCAGGAGAGAAAGCUCAGGCCUGUGGUCCUGCCCAGCUCCAGACCAUUUGGCUCUUUGCCCUGCCUGGCUCAGACUUGUCCUUGUAACGUCAAAUCUACUUCGUGCAUCGACCUGUCCAUGUCAGAGCCCGGGCCCCGGCCGCCGUCCCGCCCUCGCAUCCUGCUCAAAGCCCCGACUCUGGCAGAGAUGGAGGAGAUGAACAUAUCUGAGGAGGAGGAAUCCCCAGAGGGCGGGGAGCUGAAGAGGACAGAGAGCUCCCCGACGCCUCUGAAAAGAGAUCGCUCCUUCUCAGAACACGACCUGGCUUUGCUCCGCGGAGAGAUGCUUCCUUCGCUCUCUGAGUCGGCCCAGCUGGACGGGGCGGUCAGGCUGAGGGGGGAGAGGGCACGGUCCCGGACCCUGACCAGCGGCGGGCCACCUCCUUAUUACAGAGCCUCCUUCCCAGGUCACGGCUGGGUGCCGUCCUCUCCGGCCCGCCUGUCUCUGAGUUCAGUUGAUGAGACCACAGAGGGCUCAGAGACCACGUCGGGCUCCAGAGCUGGAGAUGAGCACCAGUGGAUGGAGGAGUUCAGCCACCCUGUGGAGAGUCUCGCCUUAACGGUGGAUGAAGUCAUCAAUGUGCGCCGAGUGCUCGUCAAAGCAGAGAUGGAGAAGUUCCUUCAGAGCAAAGAGCUCUACAACAACCUGAAGAGAGGCAAGGUUUGCUGCUGCUGCAGAGUGAAGUUCCCUCUCUUCUCGUGGCCGUCCACCUGCUUACUGUGUAAAAGGUCUGUCUGUGUCUCCUGCAGUGCAAAGAUGAAGAUUCCCUCAAAGAAGAUGGCCCAUAUACCUGUGUACACUGUGGGCUUCCACAGCACUCCAAAGAGCCAUGGGCACAAAAGCCAAGUCUAUAAGUCCCUGCGCAGUUUAUCCCGCCACUCAGUGGAGGAGGAGUUCCCCCACCUGUACGCUCACGGCUGCACGCUGCGCGACAUCUGCGCCGAAUGCACCAAAUUCGUCGCCGACGUCAUUUCCUCCAGCCGCCGGAGCCUGGACAUCCUCAACAACACUCCCAAGAGGGAAGCCAAAGCUGCUGCUGCUGCUGCUGCUGCCGCCCAGAGACCACAGCUGCAACGUCAGUCCCACCUCGACAUCUGCUGUCAACCCAACCCUCCCCAGCGUCACCCUCCACCUUACCCACAGUCACAGUGUCACCCCCAGCUCCCCACCCAGUCCCAUCAGCAGCAGCGACUUCAUGCAUCAUUUCCACCUUCUUCGCCGCAGCUGCACACCAAGACGAUCAACAAUCUGAACCAAUGAGUAGAUUGACACUUUAUGCCUUUCUGCCUACACACACACACACACACACACACACACACACACACACACACACAACACACACACACACACAAGUUGUGCUACUGCACUACACUGCGCACACACACACACACACACAGAAAAAGAGGGUUCUUUAAGGGUUACAUGGAUGUCAGUAAUGAUGACAAAGAGCCAACUGAUUGUUUUGAAUGAAUGAAAAUUGUAAAUGAGGAUAUAUAAUCCAGUGAGGAUCCUUCAGAGGUCUUUGCUAGUUUGGAGUAUAAAUGCAUUAUUUAAUGGUUAUGCUAUAAGAUACUGUAUAAAACUAAAUAGACAUUUUCUGGAGCUGUAUAGAACCUUUUUAGUAAGAAUCUAGCGACUCUAACCCACCACCACCUCACCCAUCAUCCACCUCCCAACAACAUUAUUCUCCAUAUCUCACCAUCUCACCCAGCAGACAUCCUCACUCACACACACACAUACACAGAGCCCCCGUUCACUUUAUAGGGUUUCAGUAAGAAGUGUUUGUAUCUGCCUUAUCUACAGCCAGACUCAACUCCCUGAAGCUCACAGCUGCUGGGGCAAACACAUGGGAGCAGAGGGCAGAUGAGGAAAGUACUGGUGGUUUGCAGGGGGUGGGAGUGGGGGUGGGGGUUACACACUGUGAGAGAGAGAAGGUGGAGGUGGGUUUGAGUAGGUGGUAGUUUGACGGGGAUAAAAGCUGCCCAGCAUUUAGUCAACAUGUAACCGUAACAUUUUAGCUCUCUGUGGCUGCCUUGUUUUUGUCAUGAAUGUAACUUAGAGAAACACAACACAGAAAUAUUAAAUGAUAAGCUCGCACACAGCGUAAUAACUUAUUUUUAAUCAUCCAAAAAGGGAUUUGUAACAAGUGGCUGCUGCAUUUCAGACGUGCUUUUAAAGUCCCAGGUCCAGCUGGAUUGCGGCGUCAUAGCGGUGACACUGUGAAUGUAACGGGGCGAAGCUGCAGACUGCGUCUUUAACUGAUGCAGCUCGAUGAUGCUGAUGUGAAGCAAGCAGAUGAAACUCCCGUCUCUCUCACUCCCCCAUGGACGCUUGCAAUCUGCUCUGGUUUUGUAAACACUAAGUAAACCUCAACUGCAAUAAAAUCUAAUGACAAACACGA